UUUUGCGAAAAACGAUCGCACGAUGAAAUUUCUCCUGUUAUCGAUAAGCUUCCUCGCCCUAGUGGCGGCAGUUUUGGGUUGUGAGUUUGGGAUUGGAAAACGAAAAUCACCGGAUUUUCCAAUGCACGUCUUACAUAUUGGCAAAGGACCUGUAGAUGAUCCCCAGAAUAUGACAUUAACAUUCGACUACGCCGUAGGACCGGACACAAAUGACGAACUAACGUACGUCGCUUUCGAAGUUUCAGAACCGAGUUGUUCUUUCUCCGGAAUUGAAAGUUUCGAAUCCAGAAAAGCUUUCAAAAUCGCUAUUUCGACAAUCAGUCCGGUACGAGAGUUUACGGGUUCGGCCACCAUUUAUGGCAUUCGAUGGGCGGUACCGAAUUGAAAACAUUUGAAUUAUAAAAGCAUUAGAUAAGGUUUAUUAAAAAAAAAUAUUUUAAGGUAUUUGUUUUUUCUACAAAGGUGAUAUACAUUGAUAAAUACAAAGAAACGUGAUAAAAAAUAUAGUCAU